AUGUCCGACUUAUCUCAGGCAAUAGCCAGAUUCAAGAAUACAUCAGCUCAAUUAGACCUUCUCACCAGAGUUGAAUCGGCGCUAGAGGUGGCAUGGCCUCUCCGGCCGAGAAACAGCCAAGAUUACUUCGAAGCCCGUAAAUUGCUUAGCGAUCAACAAGUUUAUGAUCAUAUACGAGAUGCGAGUCAGUAUACACAUAGUGUUUUCAGAGAUCACUAUUUCCCGAGAUUGACCAAGGACAAUUCGACUAUUGUCGAGAGAAUCAAUAGAUCGAUGAAUCUCAGUAACUCAGCCUUGGCUACCCAAAGAAUCACAUAUCCCGAGCAACUGGAGCUGACGGAUCUGUUGGAAGAUGAAGAAGUGAAAACGGGUAUCAAACAAAGAGAUAAAACGACAUACAACAAGAUCAUGACGGGGUACGGUGGAGGCGUGAAAGAUAUUUGGCAAUGGACGAGUAGAGGUGGACCUCCCAGAAUCGACGAGGACCCAAGUUAUGGCUUCCGCAGUACUACAACUACCCGAUACCUGGCUGACGGUUCGGUUGUCAGGGAUUGGUCAGCAAAUGUAGCUCUUCCAACACCUGACAUCGUUCUAGCUAGCCUUUCGCAAACCCUACGCAACCUUAUAGGCCGGGCAGACACACAGCCUUCAACAGUGACGAGCCAAGGACGUGCGGCAGAUGAUAAGGACGAAUCAGAAGGAGAAUAUGUGGACAGUCAGGAGUAUCAAGAUUCCGUGAAAGACUAG